AUGGAGACAAUCAGAGGAACUUUUAACUUAGGUGAAAACAUGAUGAAAUCAUCAAAUGACAGGGACAUAUAUACAUCGUCAUCGUUAAUGAAACCUAGAACCACACUUGUUGUUAUUAAAGCUAAGCAUAUUCAAAAGGCUGUUUCAGGGAUGUCAAAACCUCCUUCAGCUUACCGUACACCGACUAGGAGAAAUUCAGAGUUUUACGUAUGCCCCACCUUUAUUGGAAGGCUUGGGAAUCAAUUAUUUCAGUUUGCCUCUGGAUUUGGCAUUGCGGCCUCUAAGGAUAUGAAGUUUCUAGUUAGCACAAAUGAUCUGAUAUUCCAAAUAUUUCAACUGAAAAACAGCAGACAUCUAUUUAUAAGUGAAGACAGAGAACGCGAGUGUGUAAAUGCACAAGUCACUAUUGAAAAUCGCGCGUCUUCAUUUGAUAAAAAUGUUGGAAACUUUGCGACGAAUGCAACACAUCAAGUUGGAUAUUAUUUACAAUCUUGGAAAUAUUUUCACAAUUCGUCACAUGAACUUCGAAAGCAGCUUAAAUUUAGGGAUCACGUUCAGACUUUAGCGAAAAAAAUCAUAAAAGAUAUCUUAGAGAAAUAUAAGACAACCAGAGAUAACGUAACUUUAAUUGCUAUCCACAUAAGACGUGGUGACAUGGUUAAUCAUACAUAUGGCUAUUUAGUUGCAUCAAAGGAAUAUUUUGAAAAAGCGAUGAUACUCUUCAGUAAUUAUUCUAAUCCCAUUUAUGUUCUGUGUUCCAAUGAUCUGAAAUGGUCUAGAGCAAACAUUAUGAAAAAAUAUAAAGUUGAGUUUAUUUCUGGGAAUUCACCGGAAGUAGAUUUAGCUUUAAUGGCAUCGUGUGAUCACGUGAUAUCAUCUGUAGGUUCUUUCAGCUGGUGGGCAGGCUGGCUUUCUAAUGGAAAGGUGACGUACUUCAAAUGGCCCGCAAAGGAGGGUUCUGAUCUUCGAGCUGAAUUCAGCUCAGACUAUAUGGAUUAUUUCUACCCACAUUGGACAGGAUUAUAA